AUGCACAUCCUCCUCACCAACGACGACGGCCCGCCAUCUCCUCACUCCUCCCCCUACGUCCACUCCCUCGUCCACCAGCUCCAGCAAGCCGGCCAUGUCGUCUCCGUCUGCCUCCCGCACACCCAGCGCUCCUGGAUCGGUAAGGCGCACAUGAUCGGCCAGACCGUCAAGCCGCUCUACUACCGCCCUUCCACCGAAGGCCUCUUCGGCACCGAAGGCACGACCACGGCCCGGCCCUCGGCCAACGGCGCCGACGACGAGUGGAUCCUCGUCGACGGCACGCCGGCGUCGUGCGUGCAAAUCGGCCUGCACCACUUCUUCCAGGAGCGCGGGCCGGUCGACCUCGUCGUCAGCGGACCCAACUACGGCCGCAACACGACGGCCGUGUUCGCGCUGAGUUCGGGUACGUUGGGCGGUGCGCUUGAGGCGGCGGUGUGUAAGAGCAAGGCGAUUGCGCUGAGCUACGCCUUCUUCUCGCGGAACCAUGAUCCUGUUAUUAUCGAGGGCGCCGCGAGGCACUCGGUCAAGGUUAUUGAGAAGUUGUAUCAGCAGUGGCCUGCUGGUAACGAGGUGGAUCUGUAUAGCGUAAACGUGCCGCUUGUCGAGGGUGUGGAGACGCACAAGACGUUGUUUACGAACAUGCUGCAGAAUUACUGGCGCGAUGGCAGCUGCUUUCAAGAGAUUGAGGGCGAUGCUGGUGAUGAGGAUGAGGAGGAGGAGAAGAUUCGCGAGGGCGCGUUUGGGGAGACGUCUGCUGAGAAGCCGAAGGGGGGCGAGGGGGCAAAGGAUGAGGGUGGAGUUGCCAAGAGCCAUCGACACAAGCACUUCAAGUGGGCGCCGAGGUUCACGGAUGUGUAUCAGAGCGUUGAGGAGGCUGCCCCUGGCAACGAUGGAUGGGCUGUGAAGGAGGGCUACACGAGUGUGACGCCUCUCAAGGCCAACUUCUGGCAUGCUUCCCAGGAACUCCAUCAGAAGGAGCUGAUUCUAGGGCCUCACUCUGGGGGCAAGCUCGGCAUGUACUCUUACUGCUCUCGAUCGCUUUUUGGAGAAGACAAUAGAUCACACGAGAAUCAUUUUCUUACCCCUUUUCUCUUCUGUAGUGACAGCCCGCAAACUGAGGCGCCCGCAAAGGCAGAAGCAGAAACCACUCGCUCGUCAACUAGACUCCCCAUGCGAAGUUCCACCUUUGGUGCCCAGCAGUCGACAACAGCCUUAACGACAGCCGCGAACCCCAAGUUCCACGCAAUCAUCAACUACGAGGACCCGUAUGUCCAACCGCUCAUCCUCGAAGCCAUGGAACGCCUCUUCCCGGGAGCAUACUCCCUCCUCCCCUCACCGCAGGACGACGAACCCACCGCCACCCUCGCAGCCAGCCUCCCCUCACCAGACGCCAAAAUCCUGCACAUCGCGCCCUACGAGUCCCUCGACUUCGACCACGUCGCCGCAUACCCGACCAGCUCCCUCGUAAACAGCUACGUCAUCCGCAAAGCCCUGAUUCGGAAACACUACCUCUCGUCGACGGUGGACCACUGGGUCGCGAAGCACCCUUCCUCUUCACUCACGACGCACGUUAAGCGCGGGGAGCACUUUGAGGUGGACUAUGCCGAGUUCCUCGACGACGCGCUCGUGGAGGCGUUUGAUCUGCGGGAGAGCAUGGACAGGAACGAGGGCAUCGAAGAAGAAGACAAAAAGGAGUGGUGGAUUCUGAAGCCGGGGAUGAGUGAUCGCGGACAAGGGAUCCGGCUCUUUAGUUCGAUGGAGGAGUUGCAGGGCAUCUUUGAUGAAUGGGAGGAGGAGAGGCCCGACAGCGAUGACGAGGACGAAGACGAGGACGAAGGAGUUGCAGACGCUACUGUUGCUACGGGUGGUGAACGCGAAGGCGGGUCGGGAGGAGGAGGAGACUACAUCACGACCUCGCACCUCCGCCACUUCGUCGCCCAGCCGUACAUCCACCCGCCCCUCCUCCUCCCCUCGGACGCGCGCAAGUUCCACAUCCGCACGUACGUCCUCUGCGUAGGCAGCCUCGACGUCUACGUCUACAAGCCGAUGCUGGCGCUGUUUGCGGGCAAGUCCUACUGCGCGCCGUGGGAGGACGCGGAUUUGGAUGGGCACUUGACGAAUACGUGCUUACAGGGGGGCAGCGAGUCUGCCUUGCCGCCCGUGAAGCAAUUCUGGGAUCUGGUUUCUUCUGGAAAGGGCGAUGGUCUGCCCGCUGCUACGGCGGACGGCAUCUUUGAGCGGAUAUGCAACAUCACGGGCGAAAUCUUUGAAGCUGCCGCACGGGAGAUGACGAUUCAUUUCCAGCCGUUGGGUAAUGCCUUUGAAGUGUUCGGGCUGGAUUUCCUUGUGGACGAGGAGGCGAAGCCUUGGCUGCUGGAGGUGAAUUCGUUCCCGGACUUCAAGCAGACGGGCGGGGACCUGAGGGGCGUGGUGGCUGGGUUCUGGGAGGAGACGUUGAAGGUGGCUGUUGGUGGGUUCUUUGGGGUUGAGCCAGCUGUUGCUACUGCUGAUGGUGGUGGUGGUGGUGUUGCGGCGGAUGGUGACAUGGUUCAUGUUCGACGGGUUGAUUUAGGCAGACGGUAA